AUGGCGGGCUCACAGAUGCCCAAGGAUAUCGAAGCCCGGAUACGAGCCAUGCCGGGCAACAACCUUUGUGUGGACUGCAACAACAAUGCUCCACAGUGGGCCAGCGUGACCUAUGGCACCCUGAUGUGCCUGGAAUGCUCUGGACAGCACCGGAGUCUCGGUGUGCACCUCUCUUUUGUGAGAUCCAUCCAGAUGGAUUCCUGGACCGAGAAACAGAUCGCGGCCAUGGAGAAGUCCGGUGGCAAUCAGAAGUUGGUGGAAUUUUUUGAGGCACGUGGAAUCAACAAAUCAAUGAGAAUCGCGCAAAAGUACAACACAAAGCAGGCGGCUUACUACAAGGAGCGCCUUUCGCGGCUCCUGGAGGGGAAGACAGAGCCGCCCCCGGACCCCGGACGCUAUGACCCCGUGACGGGCGUCAGCGAAGCACAGGGCGCGGAGCCUCUCCCCGGGGAGACCACGGACCAGUACAAUGCGCGUCAGGCGAAGCUCCGGGAAGAGGCGCGGGAGCGGCUGCGCCAGAAGUUCGGCAACGGCACCAUGAGCAGCGUGGGCUCACAUCCGCAGCCAGGCGACGACGGCGUCAGCUUCACCGACGUGGCCAGCGGCGCCGUGGGCGCCGUGGGCGGCCUGCUGGGCGGAGCGGUUGGCUUCGUCCGGAAGUCUGUCGUUGAAAACGAGAAUCUCCACGACACCAUCAAGGGCACGGUGAGCUCCGUGGGUCAAGCAGCUGGCGGAGUGUGGGGUCGUCUCUCCCAGUCAGUGGACGGCGAUGUCCUCGACAGCUUGAAGCGAAAUGUGACCCUCCAGGAAGGAUCAGCCGUGUCUCAGGGCCUUGGCUGGACCCAAAACACCGUGGGCGGCCUCAUCAACAAGGCCGGUCAAGGCCUGGGGACGCUGGGAGCCAACAUAGGCAGCCUCGUCGAAGAGGAUAGCGGCAGUGGUUCACCUUUCCCGCAGGCACCUCGCUGUCAGAAGGGCCACCCCUUGCGCGCGGAGCCGCGGUCCACGAUGCGCUGCGUCCUCUGCAAAGCCUCCGGGACGAGAUAUUCCUGUUCCGCAGGCUGCAGCUACGACAUUUGCACCAAAUGUUUUGAGAAGCCGGCGGCGUCUGCCAGGAGCGCCAAGGGGAUGGACUUCGAUGACGACUGGGGCCACGAGGACUUUGGCUUAGAGCGCCCUGAUGAUCUGAUUGACUUCUUGAUCUACGCGAACAUCCGCCUGGUGCGCUUGGAGUUCCUCGUCAGCCUGUUGCACCAGAAGCGGCUUUGGCCGCGGCGCCAGGAGGCGGAGAAGGAGCUCUUUCACGAUGCCAAGGGGAGUGAACGAACCGCACUGGUCGAACCCUUGGAGUGCAAGGGCUUGAAGUGGACGGCCGAUGGCUUUCACAACUGGGCCGGGCGACGAGUGCAGAUCGUCUCAGUGUCACACGUUUGGGAGUCCAAGCAGCAUCCAGACCCCUGGGGUAGCCAGCUGCGACGCCUGGUGGCCCAACUGGAUGAGCUGAAAGCUGUGGAGCUUGGUGAGCACACUGUCCUGUGGGUCUUUGUCGAUUUCAUUUGCUUGCCCCAGUACUACCGGACGGAAGAGGAGCAGGAGUUCUUCAAAAGGGCUAUGGCGCACAUGCAUGUACUCUAUUCCCAUUCGUACAUUCGACCAAUACGCUUGGAGGACCUCACGCCUGAUUCCGAAAAGCUGGCCUUUGCGCCCGCCUUCAUUGACAUCUACCAUGAGGAGGGCGUGGGCCAGGGCAAAGGACAUUUCGGACCUCAACCAUUCGGCAAGCUGGAACUGAACAUCACGCCAUACAGCAUGAGAGGAUGGUGCAUCGCUGAGAUUCAGUGGAUGAGCACACAACGACUCCUCACAGGCUUUGCGCCCAUGACUCCUCAGAGAUUUCAAGAGCGAGUGGACAAGGGCCAGCAUGGACAGCCUGGUGGCCUGCCUUUGAAGUUCACACACCGAAGCGAUGCAAAGGCGGUCAUGCAGCUGCAGGAACAGGUCUUUCAUCAGCAGGCUGGAAUGAGGUUCUCCCUCGAAGCGAACGACUUCUCCGAGCAAGAAACCUUUUUCCUUGCGGAGGCUUUGCCAUUUUUCGUCAAUCUCAAGUUUAUCGACUUCAACCAUUGCGCGAUUGGAGAAGAGGCUUCUGAAGCCUUGAUCGCAGGCCUGGAAUGCUCCAAGUCCUUGCGAGAUAUUAGCUUCAUGGGCUGCACCAUCAGCGACACUGCUGCCAAGAUCUUGUCACAGGGAUUUAUGGCGGCAUCAGGCUGCUUUGAUUGGCCGAGGUGCUCGGGCGUUUCGUCAAGCGGCGCAAGCGGGCGCGAUCCGAUGGGAGCCACGAAAGCCGAAGCGCAAGAGGCACCGAAGGAGGUGACGCAGGAAGACAUGGAUCGCAUGGCCAGGGAGAUGGGCAUGUCGCUCUCCGUCUCGGCGCCAGCGCCAGCAGCCAGCGACAGUCCGAAGAAGGCAGUCUCUGCUGCCUCCUUGGGUGCUGCCUCGGGUGGCUACGCCGCGUCGGGCGCGUCGGGCGCGGCUUCCAACCCUUCGGCCAGUCCUGAGACAUCACCCAGCAAGGCCAAGGAGGCGAAGGCCGCAGCCAAGAAGGGUUUGUCUGAACCUGAUGACUUCUUCAGCGAGUUCGGCAUGUGA